AUGCCUGGCUUGAUGGCCAUCCGCAAGAAGUACGCCGCAGACGCCCCAUUGAAGGGUGCCAGAAUCGCUGGAUGUCUUCACAUGACCAUUCAGACUGCCGUGCUCAUUGAGACCCUCACUGCCCUCGGUGCUGAGGUUACCUGGUCCAGCUGCAACAUCUUCUCCACCCAGGACCAUGCUGCUGCUGCCAUUGCUGCCUCUGGUACCCCAGUCUUCGCCUGGAAGGGUGAGACCGAGGAAGAGUACGAGUGGUGCCUUGAGCAGCAAUUGAUUGCCUUCAAGGACGGAAAGAAGCUCAACCUCAUCCUUGACGACGGUGGUGACUUGACCUCCCUCGUCCACAAGAAGUACCCAGAGAUGCUCAAGGACUGCUAUGGUGUCUCUGAGGAGACCACCACCGGUGUCCACCACCUCUACAAGAUGAUGAAGAGCGGUGAGCUCCUCGUCCCCGCCGUCAACGUUAACGACUCCGUCACCAAGUCCAAGUUCGACAACCUCUACGGAUGCAGAGAAUCCCUCAUCGACGGAAUCAAGCGUGCCACCGAUGUCAUGAUUGCCGGUAAGAUCGCCGUCGUUGCUGGUUACGGUGACGUCGGCAAGGGUUGCGCCGAGGCCCUCCGCAGCAUGGGUGCUGCCGUCAUUGUCACCGAAAUCGACCCCAUCAACGCUCUCCAGGCCGCCGUUGCCGGUUACCAGGUCCUCACCAUGGAGGAGGCUGCCCCCAAGGGCCAGAUCUUCGUCACCACCACUGGUUGCCGUGACAUCCUUACCGGCGAGCACUUCAACGUCAUGAAGAACGAUGCCAUUGUCUGCAACAUCGGUCACUUCGACAUUGAGAUCGACGUUGCCUGGCUCAAGGCCAACGCCAAGUCCGUCCAGAACAUCAAGCCACAGGUCGACCGCUACCUCAUGCCAUCCGGCAACCACAUCAUCCUUCUCGCUGAGGGACGAUUGGUCAACCUUGGCUGUGCUACCGGCCACUCCUCCUUCGUUAUGUCCUGCUCUUUCUCCAACCAAGUCCUCGCCCAGAUUCUUCUCUUCAAGUGCAACGACCCCGAGUUCGGCAAGAAGUACGUUGAGUUCGGUGCCACCGGCAAGCGUGACAUCGGUGUCUACGUCCUUCCCAAGAUCCUCGACGAGCAGGUCGCUUUCCUCCACCUCGAGCACGUCAACGCUAAGCUCUCCAAGCUCACCCCCAAGCAAGCCGAAUACCUCGGCCUCGACGUUGAGGGUCCCUUCAAGAGCGACAUGUAA